AUGGAUGAAUAUAUUCAAGACACUCUCAAGACAUGUGAGAAAAGCCCCAUUCAAGGUGAGAAGAUCACUUGUGCAACUUCUGCAGAAGAUCUUAUCGAUUUCGUUGUUGAGGAAUUAGGGCACUAUGUACGCGUAUGGAGUGCCGAAAGCGUCGAAGGAUCUUAUGAGAAUGUCACAAUUGGAGUUGUGAAACUCAUUUAUGGAAAUCUUUCUGAAUCACCAGCCUUAUGUCAUAGCCAACCAUUCCCAUUUCAAGUAUAUUAUUGCCAUGUUUUACAGAAAGUAAAAGUAUAUGCACUUGUUAUACAUGCUCAGAAGAAAGUGAAUCAUGUGAUCAUGGCAUGUCACUAUGACACAUCUACUUGGAAUUCAAAUCAUCUUGCUUUUAAGUUGCUAGGUUUUGGUCCAGGCCAAAUUGAAGUUUGUCAUUGGAUAAAUAAGAAUGGAAUUGUCUGA